CGGGGAGGGAUUUGACUCGCAUAGCUUUCUACCUAGAGUUAUUUUAUGAAAAUGCCCCCCGUCAGGGUUGCAAUUCCGUCGUUCCGUUCGGAGAACAACUCUAUAGAGAAGGGAUAUACGGUCUUUAAAAUUGAGGUGCUAAUGAAUGGCAGACAACAUGCUGUUGAGAAACGCUACAGUGAAUUUCAUGCUCUCCAUAAAAUGCUUAAGAAGAGCAUUAAGCCACCUGAGAUCCCUUCUAAGCAUGUCCGAAACUGGGUUCCUAAAGUCCUGGAGCAGAGAAGACAUGGUCUGGAGCUGUAUCUUCAGACUAUAAUCAUGGAGAAUGAGGUUCUUCCAAAGAUAUUCCUGGAUUUCCUAAAUAUCCGCCAUUUUCCUUCUGUGCCAAAAACAGAAAGCUGUGGGUCAUUUGAAACAGAAUCAGAAGAAUCAAGCAAACUUUCUCACCAGCCUGUCAUGCUCUUUUUGAGAGACCCCUACCUGAUUCCAUCUACUCGUGAUACAUUUUCAAAUGUUGUGAUUGAAGGUGUAAUACAUGGAGUAUUCUACCCAGACCUUCAACCAAGGUUUGGGAUGAUAACGGAGGAGCCCAAGUCUCUGUGACAGCAGAAACACACAAAGACCAGAAGAAAACUGACUGAGAUUGUCCAAGCUCUCAGUACUGAGAAGUGAAAGUUGUUACUGCACUUGUCUUUUGGCAAAGUAUAUGAAAAAGCCUGGUGAAAGUUGAAAGUUGAAUCAGUUCAUCUGGAUUCAACGUUUAUUGACAGAUAUGUUUCAUCACUCAUAUAAGUGACCUCUUCAGUCUAAACUGACUGCAGGUAUCCCCACCCUUAUAAACGAUACAGUUGCAUAAGGACCAAAACCAGCGAUCAGUUUCUUGUGCAAAUAUGGGCGUGACCAUUAACUAGAGAUACAAUGGCCAUGUGUACUAUUCACAGAGGAUUUGGGAAUGUUUGCAAUCAAUGAACAUUGUGUCCAGGUGAACUGAUUCAGCUUUCUUUGAUUCACAGCCCAUUGUCUUUCUAAAAACAAAACACAAUGUAUUUCCAUUCUUUCAGCAAAUAAUUACCUCAAAACACUGCUAAAAAUAUUGCUGAACUUGGAAGCAGACAUUUGGCCUUGUCUUCCUCUUCUCCUUGGCCUUGCCAAGCAAGACACUAUAUUAAAUUUGGCGAAAAGGGGAAGAGUAUUGAUGAAACAAGCCUUAAGACUAGUUCGUUUUAUCUAGUCAUUAUCUCACACUGCAGACUUGCUAGCUAGAUAGCAUAGCUAAGAAUACAUUUUCAUGUUGAAAUGGGGCUGAUAAACAGAAUUAUUGUUAAUAAUAAUAAUGAUAAUAAUAAUGGGGGCGGCACGGUGGCCCAGUGGUUAGCAUUGUUGCCUCACGGCAAGAAGGUCCUAGGUUCAAAACCCCAGGCUAUCCCAGGAGCUUUCUGUGUGGAGUUUACCUAUUCUCCCCGUGUCUGUGUGAGUUUCCUCCGGGUGCUCCGGUUUCUUCCCACCAUCAAUAAGGCAUGCAUAUUAGGGUUAAUACUCCUGCCUGUGCCCCUGAGCAAGGCAAUGGAAAGAAGAACUGGAGUUGGUCCCCGGGUGCUGCAGCUGCCUACUGCUCCUAUACAUUAGAAUGGGUUACAUGCACAGGAUGAAUUCUGUUGUAACCUGUACAGUGACAAAAUAAAGUGGCUUUCUUUCUUUCUUCUCUUUAUGGGAACUGUCACAUACAAUUUUCAGCCCAUUUUUUAAACAGGCUUAUUAUUGUUAUUUUCCACUUAUCUUAAGGGUCAGAGAAAACACAACUUGUUUGAACACAGAAACACCUUUAGUGAGAGCCAGUGUGGGACACUAAUAUUACAUACCUUACGUUACACGUUUAACUGUUUUAGUGACAUUUUAAUGAAGUGUAAUGAGACAGCUCUUAAAAACUGUCUGUGCAUAUCUCAGUGUAUAUAAAAUCAUAUCUGUGAAAUUGAAAUCAUCACAAAUUCUACUAGAGACAAAGAAUCAUGUUGCCAAACAAAGUAUCCCUUCGCUUUUGAUUGGCGACUUGUUCUUUUGAUGUUUUAAAAGACGUUUGUCUUUCAUGUCUGUUAACUCAGAUACAUUGAUUUUAUUGUGUGGCAGUACUGAUGAGUGAAGUUGGUCAACUUGAAUAGUGUGCACUGACAAACAGGAAUCAUGGGCAAUUAAACCACAGCUAAACAAUACAUGUUUAUAUGCAGUUUGAUUUGUGUAUAUUCUUAUUGUAGAUUCACAUUUUCUGUUUAUUUAUACUUUGUAAUGUUGUACUGUUAAUGUCGUAAACAUGAUUAUAGUGUGCCAUAAUGACAUUCUACAUUGAAUAACACUGUGGAGUUGUACUGUAGCACUUUAGGAUGGGCAAUCUGUAAUAUUUUAAAACUGACACCAAUAA